AUGGCUAAUGCGCCGGGACGUCCGAGUAAAGCUUGUGAUGUCUGUAAAAAGCAAAAGAUACGCUGCUCGGGAGAACGACCCAGCUGUAAGCGAUGCGUCAGGUUGAAGAACACCUGCAAAUACGACACCAACAGCCAGUUUAAGAGACGUGUGACAAAAACAACAUCGAAAACUGGACGCUCUUAUGGUAUCCAGUCGAGGGAUUUAGUCCCGGCUGUGCUGUCAGGUAAUAUCAACGCCGAGUCUGUAUCAAACCAUGCUUUCUUCCAGGGUAUCGCCCCAUCUUUGGUCAAUACCCUGGUUGAACUAUACUUUGACAAUGUCUAUCAAUCGACUCUUCUCUUACACAAGGCCACAUUUCUGCAAUCACUUACCGAGCAGGCCGUCAAACCUCAUAUUCUUCUUAGCAUCUGCGCCUGGGGCGCCAAUUUCUACCGUGAUGAUUCGGGGAAAGCUGCUCUGAAAGACCAAGGCCUCAUGACGAAGUGGGCCAAAGACGCUGGGGCGCUGGUCUUCCAAGAGGCAGAAGAGCUCAGCGAUGAUAAUCUCGUAACCUUCUGCAAUCUAUCGCUGUUCUGGCAUAGUCAAGGUUCUUGGAGGAUAAGUUAUCUUCACAAGGGUAAUGCCUGUCAACUCCUCCAUAUAAACGGGACAGGUCCAAAGAACACUUCUUCGCUGGAAGCUGAACUGCGAAGACGGCGUUUCUGGACAUGUUAUUUGUUUCACUGUUUCAGCUGCGAGAAGCUCUUUCGCUUUGAAGCGAUUGCUGAUAUUGAGAAUCUACCGCUGCCUUGGUCUGAAGAAGACUUUGCAGCUGGGACCUCACGCCCAGUAGUUUCAACGACGGCGAAUGGAGUUUGCUCGGGAAGUAUUUUUGCAGAGCUCAUACGAGGUCUUAAUCUCUGGUCCUCUGUCGUGUCUGUUGUUAGAUCGGAGGGUGUUCUUGAUUCGCGGCUCCAAGAAAUCUUUAGGGUUGAGAACAAUAUCUCAUCGUGGUGGAACAAGGUUCCUGUGGCCUUUAAGCUCGAUGCAUCUACUAUCUCGAUCAUACCGCGGAAGGAUUUACCCAAGAUCAUUCUCACUAACCUGACCUAUCACCAGUCCCUCUGCGCACUUCACUCUUCCAUCGUUCCGCUCUUCUGCUGGUCGAAAGGUGACAGGACUUACUCAUCAGCCAGACAACUAUCCGCCCAAGUUGCCUUCGAUCAUGCUGGUGCGAUCUCCAGUCUUAUCUCCGCGAUAUUAACUACCGAUUAUCCGCUCAGUUCGAUGCCGAUAUUUGUCGCAUAUGCAGCUUACUCGAGCUGUGCUAUUCAGAUCCCUUUUCUCUGGUGUUCCGAGAUAUCAGUUAGAGAGCGAGCUCAAUCCAAUAUCGACGCCAACGUCAAGAUCAUACAGGGUAUGUCGAGUUACUGGAAACUAGCUUCAUUACUGCAACUCUACGUGCGCUGCCUUUAUGACGCUCAUAAACGCAACUCGCCAGUAAUUUCUGGCGAACCAAAGUAUAUGGAUAUUUCGGCACUCGUUGACUUCGACGUGGAUGCAACACUUGCGAAAUCGUCGAUUUUACAAUUUGCUGGGAUGUUGCGAUCUGAUGAGGAUGGAUAUGUCAAAGCUGGAAAUGAGACCUCAGAUCCCACCGUCCCCAAAAAUAGCGACGCGUCGUCUGAUCGUCAAACUCCAGAUCGCACGGCGAAUACGAGCGACCCGAACACGAUACUCCCGCGAACUCCGACCCAAUUUUGCUCAGGGCCCAGCGAAUGGCCAGCCUUGGACAUAUUCAACUCCCUCAUCGAUGCUGAUAUGGCUGGUCUUUUCUCCAUCGACGACAAUUUCGAUUUAUCGUUCUUAGAUGCAGAUUAA